AUGUCUAUCCGGCUCAUCGAUACGGAGACUCUUCAGCUGAAGCCUUUUGCCUCAAGCCAUGCGCCAGCAUAUGCGAUCCUCUCGCAUACCUGGAUCGAGGAUGAGGAGGUUAGCUUCCAAGAACUCAGGCAAAUCGGCGAGGCACCAGAUCACAAGGCAUUGAGAAAGUCUGGCUAUGAGAAAAUUAUCGCAACAUGCCGCGAAGCCAAGGCCAAUGGCAUAGACUACGCAUGGAUUGACACUUGCUGCAUAGACAAGACUAGCAGCGCUGAGCUUGGCGAGGCUAUCAACUCUAUGUUCCGCUGGUAUCGUGAUGCUCGAGUCUGCUACGCCUUUCUCUCGGACUGGCCGGCUGCCGGUGAUGGCGGCGAUUCCACCGACGACGCCUUGAAAGAUUGCAGAUGGUUCACCCGCGGCUGGUGUCUCCAGGAACUCAUUGCGCCCAAGGUUCUCCGAUUCUACGACGAGAAGUGGAUCUUCCGAGGUCAUAGGUCAGACUUCAGAGAAGCUAUCUCAAGGAUCACGCGGGUAGACGCAGACGUGCUAGGGGAUUGUACACUCCUGGAGUCAAAGCCAGUGGCGCGCAGAAUGUCUUGGGCAUCGAAGCGGACUACGACGAGGAUAGAGGAUGUUGCCUACUGUCUCAUUGGAAUCUUCGACGUCAACAUGCCGAUGCUAUACGGCGAAGGCGACAGGGCGUUUUUGCGUCUGCAAGAGGAGAUUAUCCGGCGCUCCAACGACAUUUCAAUAUUC